AUGCAGAAGCUGGGCAAGGAGGUGCCCUACAAGGUCGGCACCAUGAUCGAGAUCCCGCGUGGCGCCCUGAGGGCGGGUGACCUGGCCAGGACUGCGGAGUUCUUCAGCUUUGGCACAAACGACCUCACCCAGACCUGCAUGGGCAUCAGCCGCGACGACGCGCAGGCCAAGUUCCUGGCCCACUACAUGAAGACUGGCAUCCUGGCGGUGGACCCCUUUGAGACCCUCGACACCUUGGGCGUGGGGGAGCUCGUGCGCAUCGCGGUGGAGCGCGGCCGCAAGACGCGCCCCGACAUUGAGCUCGGCAUCUGCGGCGAGCACGGCGGCGACCCGGCCUCGGUGGCCUUCUUUGAGGAGGUCGGCCUGGACUACGUCUCCUGCUCCCCACUCCGCGUGCCCAUCGCGCGCCUGGCGGCGGCCCAGGCCGUGCUGCGCGCGAAGAAGGCGUGA